AUGCCCGCGAAGAGCGGCAGCAGGACGUCGUCCUACCCAGACCCGUUCGUUAUUGCAGCAAGCGCCGAACACAAGCAGACCAUGAUACUGCUACACGGUCGUGGGAGUGACGGGGAGAAGUUUGGUCUAGAGUUGCUCAAAGGUCCAAUAUCGAGAGUCGGCAGCGGCGGCCAUUCAUUCUCAACGGUCCAGACGACUUUUCCUCACAUGAAAUUCAUCUUUCCAACGGCAAAGAAGCGCCGUGCGCGAUGGUACAAUCGUGCUGUCAUCAAUCAAUGGUUCGACGGUGUGCCGAUUGAUAAACAGGACCACCACAAUAUGAGCCGAGAGCAAGAAGAAUGGCAACUCGAAGGGCUUAGGGAGUCCACACAGUUUCUCGAUGCAAUGGUGGAAGACGAAGUCAAGCUUGUGGGUUCCAAAAACGUGAUCAUCGGAGGAUUGAGUCAAGGAUGUGCCGCGAGCUUGCAUCUCUUGUUGAGCUACGAAGGUGGAAGUGGCGAUCAGGGGAGUCGGAAACCUCUUGGCGGUUUCGUAGGCAUGAGCGGGUGGCUUCCUUUCGCCAAAGAUGUUCGGCUUAUUCUCAACCCCGAAGAUUCGAGCGAUGACGACGACGACCCGUUCGGCGCUAGCGGUUCCAGGUCAGACGCCUCCACCGCAGUCCAGGUCUGCAACUUCAUCAGAGACAACAUGGACUUGCCUGCCCUACCAGAUGAACAUCAGCCAUUGUUUCUUGCGACGCCGGUCUUUCUUGGACACGGAAUUCACGACAGCAAAGUCAAAGUGGCGAAGGGGCAGCAAGUGGCAGAAAUCUUGAAGACAAUCGGGGUGCCCAAUGUGACCUGGAAGGAGUAUGACGAAGGACACUGGUACAAAGUGCCAGAGGAAUUGGACGACAUUGUCGACUCACUUCAGAAGUGGCUCCAUGGACCAGAUAUGAUGCCUCAGUUCAAUUGA